UGACAUCUGUCAAACGCUUUUAACCUCACUUGUAUCCAAUCAAAAUUAAAGUAUGGUCCAUCCAUUCUAGCGCGUCAUAGCAAAAACAUGAUUAUUUUUCUGUUUUAGCAUGAUAAAAAACGAAACUAUGAUCCCCCCAAUGGCAAAUACAGCCCCUUUAGUUAAAAUAGCCCCCAAAAAAGUUGACCCUCGUAAUCCCGAAAAGUACGCGAUCUCAAAAACUAUAGAUUGGGAAUCUCGGGCCGGUAAAUUCGGUUGGGAGUACAUCGACACUUGUUGUAUUUACCCGAUACCGUUCGUAUACAGGAACGGAAGGAAGUUCUGUUCGGCCGCCAUGUUCAGCAUAAAAAUUUUGAGCAAUUUCGAGAACGCUCUUAAUAAUGAGGUUCACUCGUGCUUCAAAGUGCUAUCGUACCCGAUGACGCAGGCUGAAGCCAAAUUGUUCGAUGAGAUCAAUAAUUUCCAUUGCAACGGGUACAUGGGGGCUUACAGCUUCACCCCAAACGAUAUAAUGCUGACGUUGGAGGAUGUGAAGGAGCUAUUCGGGUUCGUGCAGGUUUGCUAUAACGUUUUGGUGAAGAACCAAACCAACUGCAACGGUACUGGCAAAGUGGGCUUCGUGAAGAUAGGUGACAUCUCCAUGGUACCCUACGUGAACCCUGGGUGUUACGUAACCACCUGUUACGUACCCCUGUUUUACUUCGAGGGCGAAAAUGAGUGCCUCAGCAGUAAAUCGGUUGUAGCCCACACGUGGAACUUGGCUUACCUGAAGUUCUGCUUCAAACUUCAAGGCAUCAGACCGCAGCUCUACGAGGGAAACACUUGUAAAGUUGUGAAGCUCUGCGAGCUUCAAAAGUACUUCCCUGCCAGCACUUCGUUUAGAUUCGACUGGCCCAAAUACGAUGCAAAGAAGUUCCUAAAUCCACCCAAGGAUAAAAAGGAGAACCCAGUUAUUUUGAACCACCAGAUGGCCCAAGUAACAGAAAACAAAGAUUACAAAACCAUGAUUUUGCCGUUUUUCGGGAAAAACGUGCGGUGCAUCAACUUGAGACCUUCAGAGUUCACCACGUUGGUUUUGAGUUUGGGGGAGUUGUACACGUUAUUUUUUUAUAACGUCUCGAAGGAAGUUUUUUGUUAUGCACUGAAGCGCAGCAAGUUGAGCCUCUAUCCACCAAACAGACACCAAAUGAUCGAGCUAUAUCGCAACAUUAGCAAACCCUUGGAUUUCCUGGAUUUCUUGGUUUUGGUCAAAGAUGUUUCUGAAUGCAUAGGCGACCUCAAGAAGUACUCUGGCCUUUAG